CCCAGAUGUCUUGGCAACACUCCAUAAGAUGUUGGUAGAUGUAUAGUCUUUAAGUAUGUUUAAACUUCUUUUGAUGCUUUUUCUACUCUUUAGGACAGACUACUUCUCAUCAGCUGCUGUAGUUCAAACCGAUGUCUUGAAGACCUUUUCUGCAGGUGAAAAAAUAACUUUAGAGUGCACUAUAUCUCAAAGCCAUGAAAACUACUUCUCCUGGUUCAAGCAAGCUCUAGGGGAAGCUCCGGUGUGCAUCCUCAGUCUGUAUGCUGAUGCUUCAGGAGCAACAUUUUUUGGAGACUUCAAGAAGGACAAAAGAUUAACAGCUCAAAAGAAAGGGAGCCAUUUUGCUUUAAUUAUACAAGAUGCAAAGCCUUCAGAUACUGGAAUCUAUUACUGUGGUGCUCGUGGCUAUGAUCUUAUCAUCUUCAGUAAUGGACUGUUUUUAAAUUAUGAAGGGACAACUAUAAGACAGCAUCAUUAUAUUGAGCAAGCUUUGUCUGGAUUGGGCUCAGGUACUCAAAAUGAUCAUGAGUUUAACCCAAGAGACUCUGUGAAUUUGCAUUGUUCUGUCCUUACUUCGAGAUGUGUUGGGAAUCAGAAUGUCUACUGGUUUAGGCAUAAAUUGGGAGACACUCAUCCAGGAAUCAUUUACACGCAUGGAAACAAAAAUGAUCAAUGUCAAAAAAGCUCUCAGAAAGAUUCCCAUACACAGACUUGUAUGUACAGUCUCCCCAAGAGGAACCUCAAUUUAACUGAUGCUGGUACUUACUACUGUGCUGUGGCCAUAUGCGGGGAAAUACUGUUUGGGAAUGGAAGUAGGAUUGAAAUUGGAGAUACUGAGUCCACCUGGCCUGAUUUAAAAGUCCCAUCUUUGGCAGCAUCAAAUAUAUUGUGCUUGGUGAUCAUCGCUGUCCUUUUAUGUAAAAGAACGGCAAAAAGAAAAGAAAUAGUUUCUGAAACUGCCCUACAUACACCACUAUCUGUGUCUCCUGCUAAUGAGGGUGUGCCAGAGGAGUUAAGCUAUGCCGCAGUGAGUUUCUCUGGGAGGAAAUUUAACAGACACGAGAGCGAACGAAGCACAGACACACAUGUACUAUACUCCACUGCUAGAGGUUUAAAAUAAAUUAUUCUGUUGAAUGCCAUUGGGAAUAAUAUUAAGAGCAAUAUAGACAUAAUUAUUAUUAUUAUUAUAAAAUGCAUUAUUAGUAGUAAUAAUGACAAUAGUAGCCUCAUUUUAAUUUAUUUAGGAAAAUGUAAUCUUAUAAAAGAAUUAAAGGAUACUACGCUGAAAUCUUUGAUGUACAUGAGUUCUAUUAUAAACUUUUUUUAAAUGAAUACCUCUAUUUUUACAAUUUAUUAUGAUUUGUAUUAAGAUUUUGAAAACCCUUGUUGUAAAAAUGUCAAAUAUAAGGUAUUUUGAAAAUAAAACAUUAUCAACAGUCCUACUGUUUAUCUAAGCCUACUCUCAAAGUCUUCAAAAUUAUUAACAUAAUGAAGUGGGGAGUGAAAGAGAAAUGUUGCAUGCAUUUUUUUAAAUUAGUUAUAAGUCAUCUUUAGCUGAAUGACUCCCCGACCCCAGCACAAAAUCAUUAUGCAUCCAAAUAAUAUUUGAUUUCCAUUUCUUUCUCUUUUUUUUAUUUUUUUUUAUAUUUUCAUAAUUAACAUAUUCAGAGUAAUAGUGUAUAAAUUGGCCAUUAAAAACACUCCAUAAUAUUUGGGACAAACACUGUUUUUUUUUUUUUUGUUGUUUUUUUUUAACCUGUGCUUGAAAUUUCUAGAUUUGUAAUCAAAUAUUUCAUUUGUAUUUAAAUGGCACGUUCUAAGAUUGUAUUA